AUUUUGUUGAUGCAGAAAAAACAAAGGUUCUCUCUUUCGCUUUUUUAUUUGUUGAUUUCCAUUGAUUUCAUCUGGGUCUCUCUUAUUUUUUGCAGCUAUUAUAAAUUUCUGAUUCUGUUUAUGGUCGGUGGAAAAGAGGAACCAUUAAUUGAUUGUUGAGGGGCUAAAUCAGGAUAUUUCUUCAUUAUACAGAUUUUUACAAUGCAAAGAUUUAUUGUCAUUACGAACUUGAUGAUUUUGUGCUGGUAAUUGACUGCCUUCUAUUUUCAACAUGAGCAACCAAUAUGGUGACAAUCAUGAGGAUACAACUGUAAUGGGAUUUGAAGUUCCAAAAUCUCCUGAUUCGAGUUACAACAAUACCUACCCUGGUAAUGAAGAUGAGGCACGGGACCCACCUGUAGUUCCUCCACACCUGCAACAAACCUUGCUUAGCUAUCCAGCAAGUGCAAACACUUUUGAAACUAUCCCCUCGCCACAGAAUGUAAUUCUCAACCACCUUUACAUCGAGAAUCGAGAAGUCCCACGUUCUGUGGUGGCGCUUGGUUUUACUCAUCGUUUCUGUUCAAAAUAUGUCACCACUGUGCUAUACAAACCUGUUCAGAGGAGGGGGAGUACCUGCACUUAAUAAUAUGCAUAUAGUAGAAAAUUUAAUUAGAGUUAGUCUCAUUUCACCGAUUGUGAUGGAAUGACUUGAGAUUGACUGAAAUACAGAAAUUGGCUAGACAGAAUAUUUAUUGUCUCAAGCAGUUAAUGGAAUUAGGUUUGUUUUAUUUGCGGUUCUCUUCAUUUCAAUUAUUGAACUCUGUCCUGAUGGUAGAUUUGCUAUACAUAAAAUGUAAAGUUCUGCAUUUGCAUUCUUUUUAGCCAAUGUAUUGCACAGAAUGAUUUGUA